CCUAUCUUCGGACGCAGUACAAAGUUGAGUAGCCCAGUGACCAUGUUCUACGAGCCGUGGUUCUUGUUCAACGUAUUCUCUAGGGAUGAGUUUUGGCUCGUACCACGGCGGGCCGUGGUCGAUCCGUGUUUUCGUGAUUACCAGACGUUUUUGGACUUCGCCGAAGAUCCAUUUUUUCGGGAGCCUGCUGCGGGCGCUGAUGUAGUGGUAGAUUUAAGUAACGAGCGUGCCCACAGGCUCGCAUCCUGCAUGUACAUGCCGGAGAAAAGAAGUGUCAGGAAGUGCGGCCUCCUCUUCUGGUCUUGUGAGUGCUCGUCGUGGUGUUCCCUCAGCCAGCUCGCCACUCUAAACUGUGUACUGACUAUUGCCUGUUUUCGUUUUGCAGCUGAGCGUCAGGAGGUAAUGGAUUACUUCCACACGUGCCUGACACUCGCCUUGAGCAGCGCGCACCCUGACACCGAUGAGCCGGAGUUCAUAAAGGAUUGGCUUGAACUAGAGGACCAGGAUGACAUUGCCAAGAGUUUGGCGAAAACGCCUGACAUGUCAGAACGAAUGGAAUGGACCACUAAAAGGUUGCGGUGCUGCUCGGGACAAACUCUGGUGUACGUACCAGCGGACGACAACCCCCCCGAAAUGUGGAAAGUGCCCACAGACGAAACCCCUGAAAAGUUUUACCCAAUGAAACCCAAGUAUGCAGCUGUUCAAACCUCCACAGUGCGGCUUCUUAAAUUCUAAGAUAAUGCUGGUUAACUAAAAGAAGAAGUAGCGUGUAAUAAUGUUAUUUUGAAUAUAUUUGUAAUAGCGUUCUGUAGUAUACCUUGUUGUGAUGUGACUCCUGUUACGAGGUGAGCAGUUUGGUACAUUGGUACAUUCGCACUCUGUUCUGUCAUGUGACAUGGAAAACAAAAAAAAU